UGGUUAAGAUAUAUCCAGUAAUAGGUUGAUAAUGUGCAAAUCCUGUUGAAUCUGUUUGAAUGUUAAUUCCAGUAUUUUGACCAUUAACAUAAGCUGUUGGCAGUUGGAAAAUUAUUGUAUAUAAUAAUUUUUCUUUUGGUGCAUAUGUUGAGAACUCAAUAGAACAUUCUCUAAUGGAUACUCCUGAAAGCCCUACCCAGUCCCCUCAGUCUCCAGAGGAGGAGGAGGAGGAGGAGAAGGAGAAGGGCCUUUCUGACAGUGAGCUUCUGGAUUCUCCUGAUGAAGAGGGCAGGAUAUUUUCAGACAGUGAGAUAGUCCAUGAAGAGGAGACUGGGGGACUUGAGGAGGAGGAAGAGGUGAUGAAAAGCAGAGGAAGAGGAGCAAAAUUAGAGGAGCAGAGGCAAGAAGACGAUGAGGUUGUCCCUGACUUUGUCUCAGACGCUGAAGAUGAAGAACCUGUAGGCGAAAGAGAAGGGAUGGAACAGAAGGAUGGGACCAUUUUGCUGAUGGAGGGGGAUGAAGAUGUUCCACACAAUGCCCAGUUGGAUGGGCAGAAGGAAGGACAGGAGCCAGAGGAUAGAGUCAUUGACACCCCACAAUCUCCAGACUCAGAGCCAGAACAGUGCAAGAGCUUUAUUGCUGAAGAGGAUGAAGAAGACGGUGAGGAAGGAUACGGUGACUACAGUAAGGACGACUCAGAAGAUCCUGAGACAGUUGGGGUGGAUGAUGAUGAGGAGGAUGAAGACAAAAGCAAGGCAGAGGAGGACGAAAGAAUGAGAGCUGAGGAGAGGAGGAAAGCUGUUGCGGUGAGGGAGUUGAAGGAUGACUCGGCGUCUGUUUCCCGAGAGCUGGAUGAGCAUGAACUGGAUUACGAUGAGGAGGUCCCAGAGGAACCCAGCAUCCCUGCACACGAGGAAGAGGAAGAUGAGGAAGACACAAAAGCAGAGAGAGAAGAGGAGGAGAGUGAGUACAAGAGCAGUAAGAAGAAGGAGAAGAAACCAAUCCUCCCUCCAUCUCCUAAAGACAGUGAAUACAAAAAGACAGGUGACUCUAAAGGGCCUGAGAGGAUGCGUAGAGAUUCCUUUAGAGACAAGAAGAAGGAGGAGGAUGAUGGAGAGAUUGAUGAAGGAGAGAUUGAUGACGAUGACCUGGAGGAGGGGGAGGUCAAAGAUCCCUCAGAUAGGAAGAUCAGACCACGUCCCAUCUGCAGGUUCUUUAUCAAAGGAAAUUGCACUUGGGGUAUGAACUGUAGGUUCAUCCACCCCGGAGUCAAUGACAAAGGUAACUAUUCCCUCAUCAGUAAACCAGACCUCUUCUCACCUAAUGGAGCGCCUCCUGGAGGACCACACCCACUCAUACCCAAUAAUCCCUGGGCUGGACCUGCAGUGGAGGAGCUCCCCCCACCACCUCCUCCAGUGGAGCCUCCUGUGGAGAGUGCCUGGGAGCGAGGUCUAAGACAUGCCAAAGAGGUGCUGAAGAAGGCCACUAUCCGUAAGGAGCAGGAGCCAGACUUUGAGGAGAAGCGUUUCAACGUGACCAUCGGAGAGGACGAGAGAGAGUUUGACAAAGAGAAUGAUUUCUUCAGAGAACGCAGCUACCGCAUCAUCAGAGAUGAAAUGGACUUCAGAGAUCCGAUAUAUGGUGACCCAUAUGCUGAUCCAUACUAUGACUAUGAAAUGGAGGCCCUUUGGCGAGGUGGCCAGUAUGAAAACUUCAGAGUGCAGUACACAGAAGCUCCUCUUCCUUACCCCUACAGUGAGCGAGAACGUGAUCGGGACCCUCGGGAGAGGCAGCGGGACCGAGAGAGGGAAAGAGAUCACCGUGAGAGGGAGCGCCGGCAGAGAGAGAGGGAGAGAGAGCGGGAGCGCGAGAAGGAGAGGAUGCGGCGGAAAGAAGAGUGGGAGAGGGACCGAAUGAAGCGGGAUGAGAAGGAGAGGCCAAGGAUGCGUCCUCCUCGAGACGCCAGGGAGAAGAAAGACGAGGACAAACUAAAACCACGUUCUCCCCUCAGCCUGCCACCUAACAGGCCAAUAGAGCCUCCCUCAAACAAGGAGGUUCUUCCAGUCAUGAGGCGACCAGAUGAAUGGAAAGACCCAUGGCGUCGGUCCAAAUCCCCCAGAAGGCGCCCUGGGCUGGGCUCCCCACCCCGAGGCCGCCGGCGACAUCGGCCCUCAGGCUCCUCCGUCUCUAUGUCAAACUCCUCCAGAUCUUCUUCUCACUCUUCAUCCUACACAGGCUCUGGGUCAUCUCGUUCCCGCAGCCGCUCUUCCUCGUUCAGCUCCUACUCCAGCCACUCCUCCCAGCGCAGCUCCUUCAGUGGUAGCCGCUCUAGGUCUCGAUCAUUCUCCACUUCCCCUUCACCAAGUCCAGCAGCACAGAGGAAUGCGAAGAACAAACCAGAUCCUCCCCCUGUGUUAGCUAAAGGCAUGCUGCUGAAGCCGGGUACAAUGCCCCCUCCUCGCAGGGACAAGCCUACCAUGAAGAAGGCUCCCAGUCCUCCUCCACCUGGUGGACUGCAAGGCAGGCCUUCGAAACCCCUGCCAGAGGGAGGGAAGCCUCCAACCAAUCCCCGGGAGGCUGGCGGUACAGGUGGCGGUGCAGGUGGCGGUGCAGGUGGCGGUGCAGGUGGCGGUGCAGGUGGCGGGGCAGGUGGCGGCGGUGGAGUGGGGAGACCCCUGCCUCCAAGGGAACCUGUAAAACCUCCCAACCCGAGGGAGGACAGGCGGAAAGAACGACAGCAGCAUCCUCCGCGGAGGCGAAGUGGGAGUGUUAGUGGAAGCAGUUAUUCUGGUUCUAGCUCCAGAUCCAGAUCCUCCUCCAACUCCCUCUCUCGCUCACGCUCCGGAUCCAGAAUAUCCAGGAAAUCCAGAUCGCUGAGUGUGAGCAGCGUGUCAUCGGUGUCAUCAGCGUCGUCCAGCAGCAGCUCGGUGCGUAGCGCAGACUCGGAUGACAUGUAUGCUGACCUGGCCAGUCCUGUGUCUUCUGCCAGCUCCCACUCGCCCACACCAAAUCAUCCUCGCAAGGAGCGAGGUCCUGCGCGGGACCGGCCUCCACAUGGCAGAGACAAAAACAGGGAGAGACCAUCAAAGAAAGAUGAACCCUUCAAGGAGGACCGCAGGAAGAUCGACCCAUCUGGUGCCCUACCCAGAGGAGGCAACCCCAUGCCCAGAUCAGGACCUGGUAGCAGGGGAGGCCACCCUGUACAUCCCCCACCUGGCUCCAUGGGCCCUCCAGGAAGCUACGGAGGCUCAGGUUCCCACAAAGACAUCAAACUCACCCUCCUCAAUAAGCAGCAGGGAGAUAAGGGCAACAGAAAGAGGUACCUGCCUUCAGACAAAGACAGGCCAGGUUCCCCCCUCAGCAAGAGAAUGGCCAUGUCUCCAGACAGAGGCCGUGAUAAGAGGUUUCCUGGUCGACCCCCACUCUCCCCUCGGAUGGAACGACCCAGAGGUCAAGGACCCCGACCAAUGCCCCCCCAGGCAGACAGAAAACGUCCUCUGUCACCACCCCCCAAGUCAUCUGGAAAAGGCCCAGCUGCACCAUCGGGCAAGCUAGCCGCCCCGGGCUCCACCUCAGCCGCUGGCUCAGGCUCCAGCUCAGGCUCCAGCAAACCCAGCAACACACUGUCCCGCCGCGAGGAGCUGCUGAAACAGCUGAAGGCUGUGGAGGACGCCAUCGCCCGUAAACGAGCAAAGAUCCCCGCUAAAUAAAACAGAAGCCCCCUGUUCGCCUGUUCGCCUGCCUGCCAGUCUGCCUGCCUGCCUGCCUGCCUGCCUGGCCUUGUGAGCCGGGGCAACAGUGAGGGCCAUGCGAUUGAGCGUUGUUCCCCUGCCUUCAAAGGACAUGUAAAAAUGUUGUAUGGUUCAUGUAUAAAAGCUAUGGCGAAAGUGAAGAGGAAGUGGCCGAGGGGAAAAUUAUCUUCUGCUUUUCUGCACCCAGAGAGGUUUGGCUCUGCUCAAUUCUAGAGUGUAGUUCACUCCCAUAGGCCCGACUGUAGCUCCCCUUUAAAGUCUUUGAAUGUCUUGGCUGCUCAUCAACCAACAACGGGAGUGGGCAUUUGGUGAGAAAGGGACAUUUCAGGACUGGAGUGUACUCUGUGUAGACUUUACAGUACAGAAACAGAAGGGUAGUGAGUGGCACUUGCUCCUUCAGGCAAAAGGAAGCAUUUUCCUCAUCUGGUGUGAUGAAUAACAGAUUUAUACACAUUGAAUCUACUACUUCUGUCUGUUUUUCUCUGCCCCCUUUUGUCUUCUUGUUCUCGCACAUCUUUUCUUAGGUUUCCUCUGUGUGGAGUGGUGUAACUGUUGGGUCAGCUCUGCAGGGUACUGACAACGCUUCUUUGUAUAAAUAUAAAAAAAAAUGAACAUCCGUCUUUGGCCCUUGUAAGCAAUCACGAGCCCAAUCUUUGUUCAGAGGGGACCUGUGUUUAACCAAUGACUCGUCUGCGUUCUGUGUUUUAGGGCAGUGUUUACUGUCACACCUUGUACAAUAGUAGCAAGUCAUCAAAUUAUUUCAAGUGUAUGAUUAUAGACAACAGUGAUGUGAAGUAUUGCUUCUUUUUUUCUUUUUUUAAUCUAAAUCAUUUUUUGUUUUCUUCUUAGCUCUUAAGUGAUAAACCAAUGUUUUAUUUGUGUCACAUUUUUAGUUGGAGUGAGAGUUGGAUUGGGGACAUUUAGAGACGAGAUGUGUCUUGAUUUUGUGACAAAAGACUUCUAAAUAAACUAUUUUGAUAAAGAG